AUGUUUAACGAAGAGGACUACUUUAUUCAUGGCCACAAACGAACUGUCGUUCUCAUUGGGCUUGGUCUCGUCCUCUUCAUCUCUGCACUCGACUCUACAAUCGUCUCCGUCGCUCUACCAGUAAUUGGCUCGGACUUCAACGAUUAUACGAAGGCUAGUUGGAUCGUCACGGCCUACCUCAUCACAUACACGGCGUUUCUUCCCAUCGUUUCGAAAUUCACGGACAUCUUGGGUCGAAGGCCCGUACUAGUGUUUUCGUCUCUAUUCUUUAUGUUGUGGUCUGGCGCAUGUGGCGGCGCGAAGACUAUGAUACAGCUCAUCGUGUUCCGUGCGAUUCAAGGCAUAGGUGGUUCCGCCAUCUACUCUGCGGUCAUCGUCACAAUAUCUACCAUGGUCCCACGGGCUGAGAUAUCGAAGUACACACCGAUCAUCGGUGUUGUCUUUGCUUCAAGUAGCGUUGCUGGUCCUCUGGUCGGAGGGGCCAUCGUUUCGAAUAUUCACUGGGGUUGGAUUUUCUUCGUCAACCUACCUAUUGGAGCGGUUGGGACCGCACUCCUCGCUUAUGGGCUCAGCGACCCCCAUCGUGAUUCUCUUACCUGGAGCACAGUUGCACGGCGCGUCGAUUGGGUAGGAAGCUUCCUCAUGUUGGCGUUCAGCGUCCUUCUCGCCUUUUCUCUCCAAGUUGGUGGCGUUGAAUUUCCCUGGGUGUCCGCAACCGUCUUGGCCCCUCUCAUCAUAUCCGCCUGCAUCUUCCCCGCCUUCCUCUACGUCGAAUCCCUACAUCCCGAACCCCUCGUCCCUCUCCGCCUCUUCCGUCAACGCAACUUCAUCUUUAUCAUUAUUUUCACCCUCUGCCUCGGCGCCGGCUUCUAUACCCUCACGAUCUUCCUCCCCCAACGCAUGGAAGUCGUCAAUCUCCUCUCAGCUAUCACCUCCGGUGUCCGAAUGCUCCCACAACUUGUCCUCAUCGGAACCCUAUCUCCAUUUGCGGGAGCUGCCGUCGUACUCACGAAGAGUUACCGUCCGUUGAUGUGGUUCGCGUCGGCUUUGGGGCCAAUCGGCGCAGGGCUAUUAUCGAUCUUGAAGGCGGACACGAACUUCUCGCAGCAAUACGGCUUCGAAGUCAUCGUUGGCAUUUCGGUCGGAGUGACGAUCACCGUCUCGACCAUGAUCGUCCAGUUCUCCACGGAUCGUCCCGACCUCGCAUCCGCGACAGGGUUCCAAACCUUCGCACGUCAACUCGGAGCUCUCAUCGCUAUCGCCAUAUCCACAGCCGUCCUCAACAGUCGCGUAGACUCCAAGCUCGAACUCGCUGGGAUAUCUGAGGAGUUGAGGAGCGCGAUCACGGCUAGUCCGGCGACUGUGUUGAGUAGUGGGCAGUUGGAUGAUAGCACGAAACUUUAUGUGCAGGAGGCGUAUAGCGAUGGAUUCUCGAAGGUUUUCGUGGAGGCGGCUGCGUGGUUAGCGGUGGGUGCGUUGGCGACUUGGGGGCUGAUCCAUAUCUUACCGAAAGAGAUUGAGGAGAGGGGGAGGAAACCCAACGCAGAGCUGGUAGCUGGUACGGACCUGGAGUUGGGUGUGCAGCCUGAGGCGGCAAGGGUUGAUUUGGAGAAGGGUCCUAUCGAGGGUGAGGGUGGGCCGGAUACCUCGAGGCUAUCGAGCGGGAGGGAUAGUGGGUAUAGUACGAGGAAGGAACCACCUGUCGAGGGUGUUGUAGCACCUGAGACUACGGCGACAGAGUCAUCGAGGACUCUGUGA